UUUUGAGUAAAAAAGACAUUUUUAAAAGAUUUUGAAAAGAAAAAGUCAGCGGUUUUCGGGAAAUUUUAAACGGAUAGGAAUGCUGAUGAAACAGCGUUCCAAUUCAGAUGGUAUUUCUGAUGAGAAUAAUAUAUCAACACGUUAUCUGUCAAGAAGCAAUAGUGCUCCAUUACAAAUUUCAGGAUCUCCGGUAUGUCAGAAUUGUGCAACAUCUAUAACGCCACUUUGGCGUCGAGAUGAAUCAGGUGCUACACUGUGUAAUGCAUGUGGGCUGUUUUUGAAACUUCAUGGUUGUUCACGGCCAACAUCUCUUAAAACGGAUAUUAUAAAAAGUCGAAAUCGGAUUAAAAAUACGAAAACUAGGUCUGUAGAAUCAUCUGAAACUAUGGGAAGGACGACACGGUCAGGGACAGCCAGUCCUCCAGAAGAAGAGAAUCGAUGUGCAGCUUCGAAUUCUGGAGUAGGACAUCAACCAUCAGCUGUAGCUGGUCAUAGUGAAACGUUUUAUGAUGGGGCAGCUGCUAGAAAUGUUGGAGAAACAGUGCCGACGAUUGAUAGUUUAUUACAAGCGAAUGCAGCGUUAAGGACACGUGUAUCAGAAUUAGAAUUAGUCAAUGAUUUGUUUCGGUCAAGGGUAUCAGAGUUAGAAAUGAAUGAAGCACAAAUGAGACGUCAAGAUGCAAAUCUUAAUGAUUUGGAUAGGCAAUUAAGAUUGCGGGAAGCCGAAUUGCAGAGGAGAGAGGCUUAUUUACAUAUUUUAAUGCGGGAUAUGCAUCAUGAUCUAGAACAGGAGGAACAACAGAAACGUAAGAAAAUUCGUGUAUCAGAGUUAUUAGAAGAAACUGAAUCUUUCUUAAUCAACGCUUUACCUCUUGAAAGUGAAACCAAAAAAAUAAAAAUUGAGCAUCCUAUUUUAAGCGCUAUCUAGUCAAUUUUGCGAACGAUGCUU